AUGGGCAAAAGCAGAGUGAAGGGGAAGAAACAGACUUUGAUAGCAGCUCGUGAAGAUCAAGGUAGCGGCGAGGAAGAAAAGAUUACAGUUAAGAAAAGAGGAAGGCCACUAAAGAUGGUGAAGAAUGACAUUCUGCAAAAAGAAGCUGAGGACUUUGAUCAAGUAGAGAAUACUGAUGUUAUCUUGUCGGACGAACAUAUAAAUGCAUCUUCUGUUAUUGAGAGUGGCAGAAAGAGGCGAAGGACUUCAGACAUUAAUGAAAGUGGUGCUCAUCUUAAAAAUAAAACUAAUGAUUCUGUGAAGCCGGUUGGAUUCAGGCAUAAUGGGAGCAGGAGGAAAAAUAAACCACAUGGGGCUGCUUAA